AUGGGGGUGCAGAGCAGCAAAGGCCAGGUGAUGUUCUCCUCCAUCGCCCUGCUGCAGCAGAGGUUCAGGGAGCCGGAGAGGAUCAGGGAGAAGCGGGAGGAGAGGCUUCUCCACGUGCUCGCCCCCCCCCCGCCCUGCGGCCACGUCCUCCCCGAGGGAGAUGCCCGUGAAGUGGUUCUUCCACCCGGAGCUGCUCUACCCGUGCAGGCCGCUGCGUGA